AGACGAUAAAAAUAGCAGCUACACUGGUGCACUUCUUGCUGAACAUGCUCACGUACAGGUGAAAGGUUUUAUCAGACAAGGCUUUAUUGGACAUUUGACCCUAUUAAAUCAUGCAGACAGAAUGCACAAGUCAAUAUGUUGCUAUUGGUCUGACAUCGAUUGCACUGCUGAUAUCUGUGUGCUUAAAUGUUGCAUUCUGUUUAUUAAGAAGAAAGGAAAAAAAAUAUGCAGCUAAUGAAAACAUGUUUGAAUAUGGAGAUGAGCCAUUACGUCAAGAUUCACUUCGGUCUUACAGGUUUGAGGAUGAUGAGAUGGAAAGACAGGAAAAUCCGAUUUAUGGAAAUAUAUGUUUAGAGGCAGGAGGACCUUUUGAAAUGUCUCCAGAGGUGUGCUAUGAACAAAUGUCACAUGCAGGCACAGCAAAGCAGGGAUUAAAGGUCCAGCAGGGGGACGUGUCCUAUGCCUCUCUGGAUCUGACUGCCAAUAAAAAGCGUAGGAAGAAGAGAAAAUACCAAAAACAGACUCACCCUCAGACUCACCAGGCCCAGACACAUCCUCAGCCUGCAUCCCAGCAGAACUGCAUGAACCAGGAUGACGAGGCUGAUGUCACCCUCCCGUCCCGGAGCAGCAGCCUCAUGGUUUCACGUCACAGCAUCUACCUCAACAGUCAUCAAGUAGCCCUGGAGGCAGAAGAGAUGGAGAGGGAGAGAGAGAGGGAGAGAGAAAGAGAGAUGGAAAUGGAAAUGGAAAGAGAAAGAGAUGAUAAUGAAGAGAGAGAGUUUGAGAUGCACAGAAAAGUGCUUGAAGGCUUUGAUCACUCCCUCGGUAGAUCAAGACAAAGUCUAAAACAGGACAGUUAACAGUUAGAGAGUUCAAAAAAUACAAAUAAAAAUACCUUUAGCGAAUUAAAAGAAACGAACACAGGAUACUGUGGGGUGGUGCUGUCAAUAGCUGUGACAUUUAAAGCUCAUCUCUAUCCCAGAUCAUAAGUUCUGUGUGUUCUAAAGCAUGCAGAGGAGACCAGCUGAUGUUGUGUCCAAUCGAGACGCAUCUAAAGGAGUUUACCACUUUAAAUGUGCUUUCUUGUUUCUUGCAUUUGAAGGAUGGUCUGUU